CUCUGUGACGUCACGACUGUUAGAGUCUAGUCUUCAGACUGGUGUGCCCCGUGCCAUUCACUGAAGAUUCUCUAUCACUGCCCGAGCAACACAGGUGUGUAUAAACGAGCCUAGAAGUCUCGAGUACAUUUUUCUUCAUUCAUUCAUCACCAUGGUGGAUAAAGUGGCUUCUGUCGGGCGCAUGCUGCUGCGGCGCCGCAUUCUGGAUUGUUCCAGUGAUGAGACCCGCUUCGCCCGCUGCCUAUCCACCUUGGAUCUGGUGGCUCUGGGGGUGGGCUCUACUCUCGGCGCUGGUGUCUAUGUGUUAGCUGGAGAGGUAGCACGGGAGAAGGCAGGACCUGCUAUUGUUCUCUGUUUCCUGGUGGCAGCCCUGUCGUCCAUGCUGGCUGGACUUUGCUACGCAGAGUUUGGGGCUCGGGUGCCAAAGACAGGCUCAGCUUACCUGUACAGCUACGUGACUGUUGGAGAAAUCUGGGCCUUCAUUACUGGCUGGAACCUCAUCCUGUCUUAUGUCAUCGGUACAGCCAGUGUUGCCCGAGCAUGGAGUUCCACCUUUGAUAACCUGAUAGAGCAGCGAAUCUCGAGCUUCUUUAGGUCAGCCAUGGCCAUGAAGGUUCCAGGCAAUGUCCUCGCUGAGUACCCAGACCUGUUUGCUCUCGUACUUAUUCUACUGUUGACUGGUCUGCUUGCUUUUGGUGUGAGUGAGUCUGCGCUCGUCAACAAAAUCUUCACCGGAAUCAACCUGGUGGUGUUGAGCUUCGUUAUGAUCUCCGGCUUCGUAAAAGGCAAUACAGCAAACUGGAAUCUCACGCUGGAUACCUUUGUGAAUGACACCAACAUCACAAAAAUAGAAGAUGUGGAGAAAACUUUUGGAACUGGCGGCUUCACACCGUUUGGCUUCCAAGGCGUCUUGGCUGGUGCGGCCACCUGUUUCUACGCCUUUGUGGGUUUUGACUGCAUCGCAACUACAAGUGAGGAAGCUAAGAACCCGAUGCGCUCCAUCCCUGUGGGGAUUGUUGUCUCUCUGCUCAUCUGCUUUUUUGCUUAUUUCGGUGUGUCGGCUGCACUCACGCUAAUGAUGCCCUAUUACAAGCUCAAUACACAGAGUCCUUUGCCAGAGGCCUUCAGCUAUGUAGGCUGGGCUCCAGCACGAUACAUAGUGGCUGUGGGUUCGCUAUGCGCCCUUUCUACCAGUCUGCUGGGCUCCAUGUUUCCCAUGCCACGUGUAAUCUACGCCAUGGCUGAGGAUGGGCUGCUGUUUCGCUCUCUCUCCAGCAUGAAUAAACGCACCAAAACCCCACUUCUGGCAACCAUAGUGUCGGGCUUUGUAGCAGCGCUCAUGGCCUUCCUGUUUGACCUGGCUGCUUUGGUUGACCUCAUGUCCAUUGGGACAUUGCUGGCCUACUCUCUGGUGGCAGUGUGUGUUCUUAUUCUCAGAUACCAGCCGGGAAUGCUUAUUUCCUCCAGUCAGAGCGAAAAACUGGUGGAGCUGGUGGGAGGUGAGAAAGUGGCAGUGGCAGGAGACAGCGGAGAUGAAUAUGGUCUCGACUCCGAAGAUCGUCUACCCAGAGAGAAGUUCUCCUUUAAGCUGCUCCUGGUUCCCUCCAGGGACACGCCGACUGAAAUUUCUGGAUUAAUCGUCUAUGCUGUAACAUCAAUUAUCUCCGUACUGAUCACUGUGCUCUGUGCCGUUUUGGCCCAGUGGCUGGACGAACUAAUGGAAGGUAAUGUUUUGCUGUUGCUUGUGUGCAUCCUCCUUACGCUGCUGUGCUCCUUCUGCAUCAUCAUCAUUUGGAGGCAGCCUGAGAGCAAAGUAGCGCUCACCUUCAAGGUGCCCUUUCUGCCCUGGCUGCCUCUGUUCAGUGUUUUUGUCAAUAUCUACCUCAUGAUGCAGCUGGAUCUGGCAACGUGGUGCCGCUUUGCCGUUUGGAUGGCUAUUGGCUUCAUGAUCUAUUUCUUCUACGGGAUCUGGCACAGCAGCGAAGGCCUGAACAGCACCCAGCGAAAAAAGAACAAGAAAAGCCCCAUCUACUUAGGAGGUGAUGAGAGUGAAUUGGAAGGCAUGGCUCCUUGAUAAGCUCAGAAGGCAGUUUAUCUCUAAACAUGAAGUACUACACAAAGGCUACAAAUUCAGUGUUAUACAAUUGAACGUCUUUAUUGUAUUGGUUUUUGUUGAGCGUUUUGUUAAAAAAAAAAAAAGAAAGAAAAACAAAUGUGUGAGAAAGAAAACAAAAAACAGACUGUUCUCAGUACAUUAAAUGAGUAUGAUGUAGAAAGUUUUACUUGACGUCGAGGGUCUUGGUGCAUGGCAAUAGAGGAAUACAGUAGCGAUAAACAUCUAGCAGAUGUACUCUUUUAUACAGUAGAAGCUGGUUUGAGUAUACAGGGUAUUUGUGAACAUGUAAUGAUUUGUGAGCGGGUUCCAUAAUCUUGUCAUUAAUACAACGUCGUAAAAAAAAAAUGAAUAUAUAAAUAAAUAAACACUGCACACUUUGGGGACAAAGCUGCUACGAAGACCAGAGUGGGGUCCAGGCACAUUGAGUGUUACUCGAUGUGACGUUACAGUACCCUCUAGUGGCUAGUGUACAAAAUGCAAUGAAGAAAACAAAAUCACUACAUUUCGACUUUACUUGUUUACGCUUUAACGGUAAUUGCUGAGAGCAGGCAGUGUUUAUGCAUUUUUUAGUAUUAAGGCAAUUUUUUUCGAUUAUAUGUUAUUUGGUUUCCUUUAUUCUGAAACAGUAAGAUCUAUUACUGAGUUAGUACCCUAGAAUGUGUGAGGUCACUGAAAAACAACAUAUGUUCUGUUGUACAAUAAAUUGAUAAUCUUUUUUUAAUGUUAAUGCCCUUUUAUAACCAAAAAGUAAAUAUGUAAGAGAUUAGACAGACUCUUCAAGGGGUUUCAGUGGGAAACUGGGAAGUCACAGAAAGAGAAUGAAAGGAAAACUAAUACAAAAUCCUGCACUGGUAUUUUUAUAUUCUUUUUAUUGUUAAUUUUGAUAGCUAUCAUAUUUAAACUGAAAUGAGAAGGACUAACACGUGUGUGUGUGUGUCUACAAGUUGUGUGUAUAUAUAUAUAUAUAUAUAUAUAUAUAUAUAUAUAUAUAUAUAUAUAUAUAUAUAUA